UGUGACAUUUUUUUCACUGUCGAUGAUCGUGUUAUUAGAAGCCUUGUCAUGAGCGUUCUGAAUCUAAAAUUAGAUGAAAUUUGGCCUUUAUAUAAAGCUGCUUCUAUAAUUAAAACUCUUUUACUGUAGUUGGCGUUGGGAAAGUUUGGUAGAAGGAAUACGCCUUAACUAAAAAUACUAUUAUGUUGGGUAUCAAUAACUUUAAAGAAAAUUUUGGAACUAAUACAAUGAAUGAAGUCAACGGACAAAAUAUAGCGAAAGUUAAAAAUUGCAACUGGAAUAUAGAAUGUCCAAAUGGAUGUGCAAAGAAAGCCAAGAACGCCAAAGAAAGCCAAGCUAAAAGCAACGUACCACCAAUAUUAUGGAAUAAGAAGGUUCCAAAUACUGCAUUAGAGAAAUUCAGAAAGCAUAUCGAGGAAAAGUACCACACACGUCUUGAUUCUUACUGGGAUCUUCACAAAUGGAGUAUCGAGAAUUUUGUGAGUUUUUGGGAAGAAAUCUGGCAUCAUCUGGAAAUGAUCUCCUCAAGUCCUUAUGAUCAAGUAUACCGAAAAACUGGCGAUGGUUUCCUCGAUUGUGAUUGGUUUCCAGGUGCCAGAUUUAACUUCGCUGAAAAUAUCAUGCGCAUUAGGGAUGACAGAGUUGCAAUUAUAUACGCAGAUGAGUACGGUACUGAGGAAACUGUUACAUUUGCCGAAAUGUAUGAAGAAGUGAAACUCUACGCCGCUGCUUUUAAGAAAAAUGGUUUGAAAAAGGGAGAUCGUGUUGCCUGUUAUAUGUCAAAUAGAAAAGAAGCAGUCUUUACAUUCCUUGCCACUGUUAGUAUGGGUGCCAUUUUUGGAGGUCCCCAACCCUACUUUGGCGCUCUUCCUGCUACAAAUAUUGUUCAAAAAAUGGAACCAAAGUUUCUAAUCGCCAUCGAUCACCACCUGGACUCUGGUGUUGAAUAUCACAAUAUCGAUCAUUUAGAGCACAUUGUAGACAGCACUCCAUCCUUGGAAAAAGUCAUAAUCAUUCCAUCGAAGUCUGAAACCUUGUCUCGAGAUAUUUCAAAUAUCAGAAACAGCUGCCUCUUGGAAGAUUUUCUGAACACUGGAAGAACUGCCGAUGGCAACGUUCCAGACUUGGAAUUCGAACAACUUCCGUUCGAUCAUCCAAUCGUCAUCAAUUUUACGUCUGGGACGACCGGUCUUCCAAAGGGCCCCGUGCAUUCAGCUGGUUCUUUGCUGUCACAUUUGUCAAGUGUUGUCUUCUACUGGAAUCUAAAAUGCGGUGAUGUGAUUCACACUUGCUAUCCGGUUGGAUGGACUCUUUGGGAUACCUUUGUUGUGUGUCUGGCUUGGGGUGUGAAAUUAUGCUUGUACGCAGGGAAUCCUGUUUAUAACUGGAAAGGUUACAACUUUUGGGAAACUCUCUCUAAAUUCAAAGUUACAUACACAUUUUUGGCAACAGCUUUGGUCGACAAACUCGAGAAACAAAAUGUCGUCCCUGGUCCCGAUACAAAUUUGGACAGUUUGAAAUUCGUUACCAUGGGUGGCAGCCCUGUGAAAGCGCAGAAUUAUUUGUAUAUCCAUAACAAAGUGAAAAAAGAUUGUUUUGUCUGCAGUCAGUAUGGAUCCUCGGAAACUUUUGGAACCUUCUCCGGAUUUGAUUUGAACUUACCCGUUUAUGCGGGAGAAAUACAAGCCCCGGCUUUAGGAAUGGAUAUCCAUUGUUACGACCAAGAAGGAAAUUCAGUUUUAAAUAAAAGAGGAGAAAUGAUUUUAGGCACACCAACACCUGCCCUGCCAACUCACAUCUGGAAAGAUCAUGAUAACAGUAUCAUGAAAGAAACAUAUCUGACUAAAUACCCAGGCGUUUGGUGCCAAAAUGAUGAAAUCUGGAUCAAUCCCGUGACCAGAGGUCUUGUCGUGAUAGGCAGAAGUGACGAUACUUUGAUUCAGAAUGGAGAUCGAUUUGGUGCAGGAGAUGUUUACUACGCAAUCCACAACAUAGAAGAGAUCCAAGAUAGCAUUUGCGUGGGUCAGCAAAAAGAUGCCGGUGACUCCAGGGCGAUUCUUUUCAUUAAAAUGAAAGACGGUUAUUCCUUCACCCCAGAGUUCAGAGACAAAGUAGCCCAAAAAAUCAACAGUGAACUAUGGUACGACUGCGUUCCCCAACUCAUCCUCGAAACCAAAGGAAUUCCGUAUAAUCUAAACAACAAGAAGAUGGAAAGCGUCGUUCGAAAAAUCAUAGCCACAAAUAAAGUACCACCGGUAAACAAUAUCAAGAAUCCCGAAUGUCUUCAGGACUACUGCGAUAUCCCAGAAGUGCUUGCUUAUAACGAAAAUUGAAAACCCCAUCUUGUAUCAAAUGUUAUUACUGGACACAUCUGUUUAUUUUAUUAUGGAAUUUAUUUUAAAUUGUUGGUUAUUUUUUUAUUUCUGUAUAUAAAAUCUACUUAAUAUAUUUAGAUUGUCAAUGCACUUAUAUAAUGCAUAUAAAUAUUUAAUUACAGAUAUUAUAUUUUUAUUAAUAUAUCAUUUUUUACAAAAGUUAAAUAACUUCUAAAGAGGAAAUAUAUGUUCAUUUAUGUCUUGAAACCAAUACUUAACUAAGUUUCAAGACAAGUUUUAUCCUCCAUUUGUAUAUAUACAUGAAAUCAGAUUUUAUUACAGAGAUGACUUUUAAAAUGCUUUUAUUUUUGAAUAUUUUCAUGUAAGAAUUGGUAAUACAUUUUACAUGCUGUGUACUUACAUUACAUGACAAAAAAAGAUUCCUAUAAUCCUUGUGAUUAAGUUUUGUGAUAUAAAUUGUUUAUAUGGUAGUUAUUUUUG